AUGUGUAAUAUCUAUCUAUCUAUCUAUCUAUCUAUUUCAGUUUGUUUUAUCUAUCUAUUUAUCUAUCUCAGUUUCUUCAUUAUCUAUCUUUAUGGCUAUCAGCCUAUCCAUAUCUAUGUAUGUAUGUAUGUAUGUAUCUAUCUCAAUGUAUCCAUUUCUAUCUAUCUAUCUAUCUAUCUAUCUCAAUUUGUUCAUAUCUAUCUUUUGUUCAUAUCUAUCUAUCUAUCUAUCUAUCUCAUUUUGUUCAUAUCUAUCUAUCAUUCUAUCUCAGGUUUUUCUAUCUAUUUAUCUAUCUCUGUUCAUAUCUAUCUAUCUAUCUAUCUAUCUCAAUUUGUUCAUAUCUAUCUUUCGUUCAUAUCUAAGUUUGUUCAUAUCUAUCUAUCUAUCUAUCUAUCUAUCUCAUUUUGUUCAUAUCUAUCUAUCAUUCUAUCUCAGGUUUUUCUAUCUAUUUAUCUAUCUCUGUUCAUAUCUAUCUAUCUAUCUAUCUAUCUAUCUAUCUAUCUAUCUAUCUAUCUAUCUCAGUUUGUUCCUAUCUAUCUAUCUAUCUAUCUAUCUAUCUAUCUAUCUAUCUAUCUAUAUGUCUCUUUUCUUUCUUUCUUUUUCUUUCUUUCUUUAUUUUUCUUUCUUUCUCUCUUUCUUUCUUUCUUUCGUUCUCUUUUUUAUCUUCCUCGUUUCCUUACAUAUUUUCUGGCGUUUAUAAGUAUUCUUUCUUUCUUUCUUUUCUUUUUUCUGUCUUCCUUUCUUUCUUUCUUUUUUUCUUUCUUUCUUUCUUUCUUUCUUUCUUUCAUUAUCAUUCUCUCAUAUUUUAAUUAUGAUUCUUUUCUUUCUUUCUUUCUUUCUUUCUUUCUUUCUCGUUUCCUUAUCUUUUCUUUUCUGUCUUCCUUCCUUCCUUCUUUCCUUCCUUCCUUCCUUCCUUCCUUCAUUCAUUCAUUCAUUCAUUCAUUCCUCUCUCUUUCUCUCUUCCUUUCUUUCAUUCUUCUUUAUGCUCAUUAUUCUUCUUCAUUUUCUUUCUUCUCUCUUUCUUUCUUUCGUUCUUUCUUUCGUUCUUUCUUUCUUUCAUUCUUUCUUUCUUUCUGUCUGUCUGUUUCUUUCUUUCUUUCUGUCUGUCUGUAUCUUUCUUUCUUGCAUUAUUUUUUAAAAUUUAUAUCAUUCAUUUUUUUCGGGUUUUGUGCAUAUUUUUUCUUCCUUUUUUUUUCAAAAAUAAUUCCUUCCUUCCCCUAUUCUCCUUUUCUUUUCUCCUUCAUAUUUCUUAUUCCUUUAGCGUUCUUCAAACACAAAAGUUUCCUUCCUCACACUUCUUAUUUACUGCUUCAUUCAUUUACCGAUUUGACUCUUUUUUACAUCGAAAAAUCUUCAACUCAAGUGUGUCCUAUACCGCCUUCUUUAUACCAUGAAAGAAACAAGAAUGCAUCUCCUAAUGUCUGUAACAUGACGAAUAUAUUUUCUCAUCUUCUUGCCUCUAUUCCAUCUACCCUAAGGUGCAUGACACAUUACAAUCCCAUCUUAUUGCAGCCCGGGGGCGUCGUCUCUGGGCGAACAGUUUUCUCCACCUGA